AUUAUGAUUGUAUUGAGGACCGCAGAAACCAGUUGAACAACUUCUCAUUCAAUGCUGGACCUUUGCCAUUACGUAAAUCCCGAGCGUAACCUUUAAUGGCGGGCGUGGCUUCCUCGUGCAUAUCUGCAGCUUCCGUGCUGGUCAACGCGGAAGAAAAACAGGCAGCGAGAAAUUCCUGAAAAAGUCCAACCAGAGGACCUGAGGCAAGUUUUUAAGGUAAGGGUUUGAACCCUCAGUGUUGACAAACUGAGAUCGUAAGUGUCUUCUUGUGUAUAUCGGCAGUAAACGUGUCGGUUUACUCCUGUUUUUGUCCCGUUUUUUGCCGUUUCAUACCUGUUAUGUAGUCGUUAAUGGAGAAAGUUGUGAAAUCCCUGUUGGUUGAGGUAUUUGACCAAAGCUCAGCAGGCUUAAACCUGUUAUUUAUGUAAUCUGUCCAAUGUUAUUAAAGUUUUCUGUUACUCGUAAAAGGUGUUAAAACAAAAGCAGUUCAACAUUAAAUGAAAGGUGAGGGCAUUACUGUUGCUUAUCUAUUUAAAGUGAGCCUAAAAGAGCAGAAACGAGACGUGUAGUCAAUAGUUUAUAGUCCUAUCAGAAAGCUUUCUAUUUCUAAUAAAGCUAAAUUUAAUUGACAUACAAAAGCUGUGAAAACGCAAAAAUAUCAAUGAAAGUAAUGUAAGAGUGUUGAAGUAUUGUUGGAAAAAUAAUGACAACAAUAUUAAUAAUAAUAGUAAUUGUCAUUAUUAUUAUUGUUGUUGUUGUUAUUAUAUGUUGUAAUUAUUUAUUUUUUACCAUAUUAUUAUUUUAUCUUUAUUAUUAUUAUUUAUUUAUUUUUCUAAAUUAUUUUAUUAUUAUUUAUGUAUUUCUAUAUUUCUAUUUUUAUUUUAUUUUAUUUAUUUAUUUUUUGCUGUUUCUUCAAAUUUUAACCAGUUGAAGUGUAUUGACUUUUGAUUGCGAACCUUUUUUAGUCUCUUGAAGAAACAAGUGAUAUUUUCAGGCUUUAAAACAUUUAAAUUACAGUCUGGGCAGUGAUACAACCUGGCAAAUAUAUUCAGUAAUAAUUAUGAUCAUGUUUAUUUAUAAAGCAGUUAUCAAAACAGACGUUGCAAAGUGCUUCACAAACAUAAAAGCUCACAUUAUGGGGAUAACACAAGGACACAAAAUAUCAAGACACAAUUUCAAACAGGGCAAAAUAAGUUAUUAAAAGAGGAAAUACUAAAAGCGAUUAAAAACAAAGGCUGGACAGGAGGAACAAUCAUUUAAACAAUAAAUACACUAAAUAAAUGAUGCACUAUGGAUACAAAUUUAUAAGGUCUUUUAAUAAAAACAUGUUUACAGAGGUGAUUUAAUAGAAGACAGUGAUGUAGCUUGUUGGCAGGCUGUUCCACAACUGAGGAGCCCAAACAGCAAAAACUCCUUAUGUUUUUAAAACUGAGUUGGGAACAUUAAAGAGGUUUCUACCUGAGGAUCUGAGACGAAGGGGGACAGCAGUUCUGACACAUAUUCUGGGACCAGACUACGACGUGCUUUAAAAAUAAUGAAUACAACCUUAAAAUACAAAAUUGCAAAGAAAUUGUCAGACAGAGUAAACUCAUUAAAACAGGAGUAAUAUCCUGAUGUUUAAUAACACUUUUUUUUUUUCCUGUUAAGGGACCGUAACAGUAAUCUAAUGGUGAGGAAAUAAAAGCAUGAAUACUUGCUUGGGUGUCAUUAGUCAGCACAGAUCUUAUUUUGGUGAUAUUUCUCAGAUGGGAAAAGCUAAGAUUGGAGAACUGUGUUUGUAUGUUUCUGAAAAGUGAGGUUGCGUUGAAAAGUCACUGUGAGGUUUCUCACAUUUUGUUUUACAUAAAGUGAGAGUGAACUAAGGGAGGCCUGAAUUUUGGGUUGUACAACAACUACUAUGGCAAAAAUACAACUUUAGAUAUAACAUUGCAGGACCAAGUCAAAAAUCACAUCAAACUAUAUGAUUAGAUAUAGUCUUGUUCCCCUGUAAACACAAUCGUCCUUUGAUUGAUUUGUUAUACUUCUAUUAAGUAUUGAUAAGAAUUUUUUGCUCAUUUUUCAGGAUAUAGUGCGAGAAGUGACAUUUUUGACUUGUGUGCCCCAUUAAGAUUAUCAUGUGGCCAAAUCAAGGUAAGAUUUCAUAAGCCAAGUGUUUGUUUUCAGCCUGUCUUUUUACAUAUCUGUUUUUAAUUAAACUGAACCGAGUGUUUUAUGUACAUCAGGUCCCCCUCCUGCUAUGGGCCCACCAAAUCCAGCCUACCCUCCAGGUUACAACCCUGCAUUUCCAUCUGCUCCUGCUCCAGGAGUCUUCCCCCAACCUGUACAUCCAGCAUACCCCGCUGGUCAGUUUCCAGCUGGUGUGAAUCCAGGCAUGGUACCACCAAAUGCAACCCACGGGGCAAUGCCCUAUGGAGCUCCAGGGCUUCAACCUUACCCCAUGGCUCCAGGUGGAUAUCCAAUGGUCCCUCCUGCAGGUGUCCAUCCAGGUCCAUACCCACGCUCUCCCAAAAGUGGUCAUAAAGGCCAUAAGGGCCAUAAGGGCCAUCAUGGAAGUGGGCUAAAUCCCAUGGCAGGAGGAUUGGCAGGAAUGGGGAUGGGGAUGGGAAUGAUGGGAAUGGCCGGACAUAAACUCGACAAAAAGAUGAAGAAGAAAAUGAAGAAGGCGCAUAAGGGGCACAAACAUGGGCACCACAAACAUGGCAAGGUGAGAUUAAGUUUAGAGAUAUACAAAGUACUGAAUGUCUGCAAAAUUUUGGCUGCCAGUUGUAAACAUAUUAAUGCUAAAAGUGAUUAUACUAAACUUAACUGUAUGGUCUUUUGGAUACCAAACAACUGCCCACCACGUGCUUCCUGCACAAAAAUGUUGGUCUUCAAAGGUUAACCCAAAAAUAUUUAUGUCUCAUCUUGCAUUAUGAAGCUGUGAAUUGCUGAAAUUUAGCAGGUUUAAUAUACAAACACAGGAAAAAUACAACUAUUAAAAACCUUGGAUGCCUCAUAUUCCAGGUAAUAAUUUUAGUCAUUGUGCCUUACAACAGCUAGAUGAUACCAUUUCCUCAAUGUGUCACUUGAAUGUCUCAUCUGACCCUGUCUACUUUCAGAAUAACAGGAGGUCAAUACCAUCCUUUUAAAGGUAAUAAAUACUAUAAUUUUUGUAUAAACCAUCUUUUUUUCUUCCCUCCACAGUCCUCCAGCAGUAGCAGCAGCAGUAGCAGUGACUCAGACUGAGGCCAUCGGUUCAUGACAAGAUAUUAAGAGAAAUGCUGCUUUGCAGAGAGGCUUUGUCACUAUCAAUGCUAAACACGAAAAAUGUCAAACUCAUAGCUCUUAACAGGAAAUCUAGUGAAUUUAACUGUUUUAUCAUCCAUUUUAAGGGCUAUUUAAACUAUAAUUGAACAUUUCCACAGUAUGUGGCUUUAUUGAGAAUGUUACAUGUGUUUAUCGGUUGUCUUUUUCCAUUCUUGGUCUAUAAUUAUGUGAAAUAAAAAGUUGUUCUAUACUGUGGUCAAAACACAGUUACAGACUGUCAGUAGCUGUCUGUCACUUGGGGAACAGAGGGUUACAGUUUCAAGAGCUAUCACUGAACAAGUCUAAAAACUGGGAUGAUGAAUUAAAAGUAUGUAUUUCUGUCUGUUUGUGUCUAUAACUGUUAAGAGCUAGCAUAGUGAUUUAAUGAGACCAAAUACAUAAAGCGUAUUUCGUUUAGUUUUUUUAAUUUGGGUAUAAGGUAGAGGAUAAUAAAAGUGUAACAUGUACAUAGUGUUUUUAGACCUAUCUUUUUAAAUUUCAUGGUCAUGUAUGCACACACACUAAAAAGUAUGUCUUGAAUUGCUUUUUGUUUAUCUGCACAAAUUGUAUGUAAGAAAAUUAAAUUUAUGCCACUCAAUAAAUAAAUGUAAAUAUAGAAAAGCUUCAGU